CGGAUAUGGGAGGGAUUUGAGUUAUGGGUAAUAGUGGAAGUACAGACCAGGGCACAGCCCAACAGGUUUAGACCCAACAGAAACCUUUGUGACUCAAAGGAACAUCUGAUCUGUGUUCUUCAGAACAUUUGACACCACAGUGAUGGAGAAGAGUCUGGAUUGUCUUUCUGAUUUGCAUAAGUUGCACAAGGAGGUCAUGAGGAACGGUGUGCUGAAGUCCACCCGGGCCAGCUCCCUCUUAAGUGGUCAGUCGAUCAAAGAUGUGAUUUUGAAUAAAUGCUACAUUCCCGUUUUCGUCAGCGUGGACACCAGAGCCAGUCUGAUGUGUAAAACCUUAAAAAGCGUGAUUGCGCAGGAGUUUGGUGCCGGUACCGAGAUUGGGAAGUUGCUCCUGUGCGGAGGACCAGGGAUGGGCAAGACCACAGCGGUGGAACAGCUCAUUUGGGACUGGGCCUCUGGGAUCCAUCUACAGCACUACACAUUUCUCCUACGGUUGUGUCCCAGCAUGCUUCGUGGACCUGAGCAGAGUCUGCAGAGCAUGCUCCUCAGCGAGCACACUCAUCUCUCAGCUGAGCAGCUUGAGAUAAUAUUAAAGACUCCUCACACAAUUCUUCUAGUAUUGGACGACAUCCAGGACUUUUUGUCUAACUGCCCUGAGUCUGGCAAGCUCUUGCAUGAACCACAUCAGCCAGCAGGGGGUGCCAUAUUGGUGCACAGUUUACUUCAAGGCUCUUUGCUGCCUGGUGUGGCAUUACUGCUGACCUCCAGAGAAGCUGUUGAGAUGGAAUCGGUGCAUGUUGCUAACCUGAUGGGGUUCUCAAGCUCUCAAAGGAAAGCGUUCUUCCAGCACUUCUUUGAGAACAAAGACAAAGGGGAACAGAUUCUGAAUCAAUGCGAGCAAGCUGUUGGAGUCAAGGAGAUUUGCGCUUGUCCUAGAUUUUGCUGGACAUUGUGCUGUGUGUACAAAGAGCAGGAAAAUUGGGUCCCGGAAACCCUGAGCGAACUCCACUGCAGGAUCAUGCACACACUUCUACAGGAGCAUAAGGUGAACGUAGAGACGGCAAAACAGCUGAUUUGCGGUUUGGGGAAGCUCGCAGAACAGUGCACGUCUUUCACUUGCGCACACUCUGACAUUGUUAAAUGUGGCCUUCAACCCUUCCUGGCCUCCCGGAUCUUGUCUGCUAUCUUGCACGUCAACGCUGACGAUCCCACGUCCCCCGGUGCAACGUUUUCCUUCAUGCUACCUACGUUCCAAGACUUCUUAAGGGCGGUCGCUUUUUACCUGGACCAUGAUGACAGCAGGCUCCUAGAACAGCCCAUGGAAAUACAUAACUACCAUUUGCUUCUUGCUGGCCUCUCAGAUCCUGCACAGAGAAAGCUUCUGGAAACCUCGGUAGGUCGCUUCAGCAGCGGCCGCCUCUCCGAGUUCCACAGCUGGCUCAUGAAGUCGGUUGCAGAGGUGCUCCCGGGCACGGAGAAAACAAAUCACUGGCAUGUUUUGCGUAUCCUUUACCACACGCUCAGCCCCACACUGGUCAGGGAGAGUGUGGGCUUGUGCAAGUGGAGAAAGAUCUGCUAUAGUGACCUGCAGGAGGCAGAUUGUGCAGCACUAGCGUUUGUCGUGCGAUGUUUAGGAGAACUGGAGGAACUGAACCUGAACAGCAGCUCGCUGACUGAGGAGCAGGCGGAGAAGCUUGGGACGGUCUUCCGCUUGGCCAAAUCCAUUAACUUUCGUUACAGUACAGUGAGUUUGGACGUGAUGAUACACUUUGCCCGGGGGCUGAAGGACGGACGAGCCACCGAUCUCAACCUGACCAACUGCAACCUAGGGGACGAAGCAAUCAAGAUCCUGUGCUCUGCCAUCCCACACUCCAGCCUGCACACACUCAGUCUAUAUGAUUGUGAGUUGACCGGUCCCUGCUGUCCAUCUCUAGCCGCUGCGCUUCAGUCCGAACGCUGCUCUCUGAUCGAGUUGGACCUGUCCGUCAAUGAGCUCGAAGAAUCAAGCGUGCUGCUCAUCUGCGAUGCACUGAAAUCCCCCAAUUGUUUAUUGGAGAAGUUAUGUAUGAAUGCGUGUGAGCUGACUGAGCCAGUGUUUAGCGCACUGGGCAGUGUGUUGAUGUGUGGAACUUCCAGACUGAAGGAGCUCCAAAUUGGAGUGAACAAAGUAGGAGACGCUGCAGUCAAACACAUCUGGAAAGCCCUAAAACACCCUCACUGCCAGCUGCAGCAUCUUGAUGUUGAGAUGGCGAAUCUGACCGAUGCCAGUGUGGACGAGUUGUGUGAAGCCGUCACUGUUUGUGGAUCCAUAAGGAGUCUGAUUCUGAAGAACAACCAAUUCACAGACAUUUCUGUUCCCCGAUUGAUUAAACUUGUACAAGAUUGCCCAGGCUUGGAACUGAAUGUGCAGUAUAACGACUUUAGCGAGGACGUCUUUGAGCUGAUGGAUGUUUACGAAACCAUACGAUAUUAGCAGCUAGAUGAAGAUUAUAGACUACAAAUUGUUGGCACUUACAUUAUUCUCAGUGCAUAACAAAGCAUUAUAAAAUAUUACAUUUAAUUUAAUCAAAACAGCUACAUGCUAACUACCAAAGUGGCCGCAAGAAACUGCUAAACAUUCAAAGUGGCCAACAGAUAACUAAGAUAACUAAUGUUUGCUUGCCAACAACCAAAGUUUCUAGCAGUUGCUUGCUAACUACCAAAAUGACUAGCAAAUGCUUGCUAAAAUAAAUAGCAUUUGUUGCUAACAACCAAAUUAGCUAGCAGUUGCUUGAUUACUACCAUAGUGACAAAUAUUUGCUUGCUAACUACCAAAGUGACUAAUAUUUGCUUGCUAACAAAAUGACUAGCAGUUGCUUGCUAACUACCGAAAUGACUAGCAGUUGCUAAGUACCAAAAUUACUGUUUGCUUGCUACCAACCAAAGUUUCUAGCAGUUGCUUGCUAAUAAAUAAAGUGACUAAUAUUUGCUUGCUAACAACCAGAGUGACUAGCAGUUGCUCACUAACUACCAAGAUGAAUAACAGUUGCUUGCUAACUACCAAAAUGACUAGCAUUUGCUUGUCAACUACCAAAGUGACUAAGGGGAAGUGGUAGUUUAGUGAUUAAGGCAUUGGACUCUGGAUUGACAGCUCACAAGUUCAAAUCCCAGCACCACCAACUGUAAUGCUGGGCCCUUGAGCAAGGCCCUUAACCCUCAACUACUCGGUUGUAAGUCACUCUAGAUAAUGGCAUCUGUCAAAUCCUGUAAAUGUACUAACGUUUGUUUGCUAACUACCAAAGUGACUAGCAGUUGCUGGCAUCUUGAUUUCUCUUGAGGUUUAUUAUUGGAUGUUUAUUAGUGACCCCACUGCUGUCUACACUGAUGCACCAUAUUUCUUAAAGAUCUUUGUAUUAGCAGUAACUUGUGUAUUUGUAUUAACAUUUGUAGUACCACUAAAAAAAAUUUUAUCGUUUUUUUUAUGGCUCUCAGCUAACAUGACCUCCAUGCUGAUACCUGAGAAACUUUACCUCUUCUAACUUUCAUACAGAUUACAUAAUCAGAGAAUAUUUGUUUUGAUGUGAAGUUGAUCUAUUUUAAAGUAGACAUUUUGAGCUUUUUAUACAUAUAUUAUUAUGUCUGUAAUUCAAAUAUUCACUGAGAAUCAGUGUUUUUUUUUGAUGUUUGAGAAGAGCGAUGACAUAGACAGCAGAGAACGCCCCCUGUCGGUUUUCUUUAUAUUACAAAACCAAAGCGUUUUUUUUGUUAUUAUAAGUGUAUACAAAUAAAAGUGGACCAUUUACCGAUUCGAAUGAUGUGCUACUCUUAUCUGUACGAUUAAAAAAGACAGCACAAUUUUUUUCCCGACAUUAUCAGGAAAAAUAUCGGCAGGAAACGUGCCGAAUCAGAUAAAAUUUAAAUGUAGAUCCUUUUUUUAUUUUAAUGAUGUCCAAUGUAUUUUUGCUUGCAGGAUGUGCUUUUUUGCUUUCGGGGAUAAAUACACAGUUCACUUACUUUAAUGUUUAUUCUAUAAUUAUUAAAUUCGCUAAAGCUGCUUUGAGACACUGCCCAUUGUGAAAAGCGCUAUGGAAAUAAACUUCAAUGGAGUCUAAA